AUGUCGAAGCUCGCAAGCGACCCUGGCGAGAAAUCGCUUACCAAGCUCUUGGCCACUCUCACAACUACUCUGCAUGACACAACUUACGUCUUCGCAACUCUUACCGACACAUCGAAACUCCCACCGUUAGCUGAAACCCAGCUCUUGUUCAAAGAAACAGAGGGAAUCACAGUCAUUGUCAGCCAGGAAUACGCGGAAGCACACAAGAUUGAUUUCUUCUUCCCUUGCAAGAUGAUUACGCUGAAUGUGACGUCAAGCUUGGAGGCUGUCGGGUUCAUGGCGGUCAUAGCGACGAAACUGGCGGAAUACAAAAUGGGGGUUAACCCGGUCAGCGGCUUUUAUCAUGAUCAUUGUUUUGUACCUCUGGGGAGAGAGCAGGAAGCAGUUGAAGUUUUACAUCGAUUGGCAGAAGAAUAUAAGCAAAAGGCGCUGGUAGACAAUUAGUUACCGC